AUGUCAUCUUCAUUCCCUCGAACAGAACCUAGCGGUCUCGAAGACGAAGAUGACUGGCUCGUGGAAAUCCCGUCGCAAGUACCCAAUCGACCAUCUUCAUCAACAACACCUACGCAGAGGCCACCAUUACAAAGCUUGGCUCAAGGACCCAGUGCGUUGUCCUCGCCAGCACCAUAUCUAAGUUUCCACAUCGGGACCCGAAUCGGCCGCUUCUCCCUCGAGAUCAAACCACGAGGAACCCCGUCGUCGGAACAACCCACAGGUCCCCCAACAUCAACAACCGACCCGGCACCGCCCCGCAUAAUCCCCAUCCACCCGCAGUCCCAAUCCCGCUUCUUCAACCUCCCCGUCGAGCUGCGCCUGCAAAUCUACGAGCGGAUCCUCACCCUCCCGCCAAGCCAAGCAAGCUACACCCGGCUCCUGCACAACCCGUCGCGGUCGCAGUACCCGCCCCACAGCGUCCUCGCCCUGCUAGCCGUCUGCCGGCGCACGCACCACGAAGCCGAAGCGCUCUUCUUCCGGCUGAACCGGCUCCGGCUCCUGCAGCCCGCGCUCUUCAUCCACAGCGUGUCGCCGCGGCGCCGCGAGGGCCUCGCGCACCUGGCCGUCUGCGUGGCCAGCGCCGCGGAGCUGCUCACGGAGAUGCAGCGGCUGCGCGCCUUCCCGAACCUUGAAACCCUGGUCGUCGAGAGGCUGCUUUCCAUCCGAUAUAUCGAGCCUAGGAGCUGGGCGGUCCUGACGCCGAAUUUGGUCGCCGAGGUCCGCGCAUUGCCCCGCUUGAGAUCGCUCAGGAUCGUUACGCCCAGGGAUGACGAGAUCACGGAGGUGGAGAGGGCGCGAUUGAGGAAGUUGGAGAUUCACGAUGGGCUGAUCGUGGCGGCUGUUGGAGGUGGAGGUGGAGGGACGACGUGA